AUACACCUGGGAAGGCGAAAUGAACGCUCUCCUGACAAUUCUCCUCUGCACCUUGGCCGCUACGGCCAUGGCUGAAAUCAGUCCUAGGAUUGCUGGAGGCAGCAAUGCAAGUCCAGGAGAGUUCCCCUGGCAAGGAAGUGUUCAGGUGAGGAGCGAUGGCAGCUGGUUCCACAGUUGUGGCUGCGUCCUCUACACCGCCACCAAGGUCCUCACAGCCGCCCACUGUCUCUACAACAGCGCCAGCGAUUAUCGUGUUAUAUUUGGCAUGCAUCGUGUGAACAUCAUUGAUGGAACUGAGCAGUACUCAUCUGUCACCUCGUACACCAACCAUCCCCAAUACGACGGUAAUGCUGCUGGCUUUCCCAACGACAUCGCUGUCAUUAGACUUGAAACCCCAAUGGACACAAGUAGCUCGGCUGUCAGCACCAUCACUCUGGCUUCCGGAAGCAAUGACUUUGCCGGAAGUAGAUGCACCAUCUCCGGAUGGGGAGUACUCCCAGAUGGCAGUACCCCCGACAUCCUCCAGAAAGUAACAAUGACGGUAAUAACCAACAGCGACUGUGCCAGCAGAUGGAUUGGCGCCAGUGGUGCCGCCAUCAACUCUGGACACAUCUGCAUCUACGAGUCAGGCAAAGCCUCCUGCAGUAGGGACAGUGGUGGCCCGAUGGUGUGCAAUGGUCAGCUAGCGGGAAUCACGUCUUGGGGUGUCGCAGGCUGCGUUGGCUCCCACCCCAGUGUCUAUGCUCGGGUGUCCUACUACCAUAAUUGGAUCUUGUCACAGUAAAAACAAAACACACCCAGAAGUCCGAAAAAAAGGCAUUGUUACAAAAAUAUACAAAGUCAUGUUGUUUAUUAUGUAAAACGUUUCUGAUUUUAUUAACACUAUACAUAAGAAGGUUGCUACAAAACCAUUUCCUUACUCAAAAGAAAAUCUCUGCUGAAGGUACGAAUCCGACUACACAUUAACUUAGGGAUUAUACAAGAUGCUGGCGAAAAGGUAAGCAUACCAUGCCCCACUGGUGGCACCUGUCACAAACACAUGCAAAGGCAAUGCAAGUGUGUUCACUUGAGCAAACAUGUUGUACAAGUCUAAAUAAGUAAGUGCAUCGGGGAUUAUUCUGGUCACUUGUGGGUCAGAUUUGGAAAUGUGCCGGCAAUUCCAACAUGCUAGUACUCUAUGGUCUCAUAAUUAGUCAUUUAAUUGGAGAUAGUUUAAUCUGUACGACAUCUUGUCGACUUCACGUUUGGUGUUUGCUAGGUUUUGCAAUUGUGUGUAUUUUGACUCUAGCCAGCUCCAGAAUGAUCGGACAGGUAUCACCAGGAAAUAAGUAAUACGUUGUCGUGUUGACAUUCAAACACAUAUCAAAGGUCAACGAAAUGUCAAGGACUAAGAGUUAUACAUGUUUGUACUGGGUUCAUAAAUGUAUGGCUCCAUUAAACGCAAUGCUCUGUU